AUGCUCAGUUUUUUAACGCAUAGUCUUUGUGCGCUACAACUAGGGUUCCUCGACGAUUCCGUAUGGGCUGAUGGGCUUUUAGUUUUCUACGAGGUCUUUCGCUACCUGGAGGGUGCGAUGAUUAGAUUGAGGAACACCAAAAUUGGAUUGCUUCCGCUCAGCGAGCUGCAACGUACCGAGGCUUUCGAGCGCGAUCUUGAUCACUACUUGGGAAAAGGGUGGAGGAAAAACUACAGUCCUAGGGAUAGCGUCGCCAAAUAUCUGAUGCGCUUGCGAGAAGUGGAAGACACGGAUCCCACUCUGCUAAUGGCGUACAUCUAUCACCUUUACAUGGGUCUCCUCAGCGGCGGUAUCAUUCUGCGGAAAAAACGGCAGAUCGUGCAAAAGAUCUCGCCCUUCAAAGCGCAACCGCCGAGCGACGGUAGCAAUGUCACGGACUUUGGGCAGAACAGUAUAUUUCAGUUGAAGCGCGACCUGCGCGAGUCGAUGAACAGAAUCGCAGAGACGUUGGACGAGGACACGAAAAAUAAACUUAUCGAAGAAAGUAAAAUAGUCUUUGAAUUGAAUAACGAAAUUAUCAAAAGUGUGCAGACGGGCGGUCGUGUUUUUGAAAAAAUAUUCUACUUUAUCGGCCCAGUCUUAUUGGUUCUCUUUGUCCUGAUAAUCGUCCUCAAUAUCCUCUACAAAUACAUUAUACGUUAAUAAACGUUAAUUCAAUUAACGCUAAUUUAACGUCAAUUUACUUAAAACAAAAAAAAUAUAUAUAUAUAAUAGACUUUCGUUCGGCCAAAAAGUGCUGAUAUCAAAAUCGAAAUGUAUAAUAUCACGUUACUUGCUGCGCUGUAAUCUCGCCUUUCUAUAGCUAUAAAUAUGGAUUAUUACGAUUGUUUGUACAAUAUAUAUAAUUUAAGGAUAUCCUGUUUCGUACAGUUUAUCGUCUUGUCGAAAAUAUUGAAUUAUCAAGAUUUGAUAAAAAUCGACAAAUUUUAUCUAUGACGUUUCAAAUCUGCAAAUAAUGUUCUUUUGAAAACUUGUAUGCAAUUUGCAAUUUACAGCUUCCACGAAAAAGAACGCUUAAUAUUUCUCUUCUGAUAAGAUCUUCCUCUACAAUCAGUUUCUUCUCCAUAUAAACAGCAAAUUCGAGAUGUUGAAUUUGCAUUCGGUUUAUCAUCACGUUGAUAGAAUUGUAUCUCAGAUGACGCAAAUAAUAUACACAACAAUAAAGAGCAUAAUAAUACUUCGAGAACAACUAAAAAC